AUGGGCAGCAUAGGCGCAUCAAAAGUUUCGCUUUCCUCAAUCUCAUCUGAGGAGCUGUGGCAGAGGAGCGGCCGGGCAAACAACGCGGAACUACUACGCUUGAAUGAUCGGAGGGAGUCCGGAUUUCUCCUCUCACCGACUCAUGAGGAAGAAAUCACGGCCGUGGCCGCCGGCGCUAUCAAGUCAUAUAAAGAACUUCCAUUACGGCUGUACCAAAUAUCCCGCAAAUACCGAGAUGAGCGCCGGCCACGGCAGGGGCUCCUCCGCGCAAAGGAGUUCUUGAUGAAGGAUCUAUAUACCUUCGACUACACUCCUGAGAUGGCCCUGGAGACCUACUCGGACGUGAGAGGAGCAUACGCUGCUUUCUUCAACGAGUUGAGAGUACCUUACAUGGUCGCCGAAGCCGAUUCCGGGGCGAUGGGCGGAAAUCUGAGCCACGAAUACCACUUCCUCUCCUUGAAAGGCGAAGACAAUGUCUGCGCCUGCAACUACUGCUCCUACGUCGCCAACGAAGAGCUGGCCGAGAAACGACACAAACCAGCCCAAGCGCAACAAACAAAUAUUCCGCACACAACAUGGAUAGGCAUCAGCAAGGACAAUACAACUUUGAUCCGCGUGUAUUAUCCGCAGCCCCAGCGUAGCUCCGCUGAUUUAGAAGAUCCCUCAGCUCCUGGGCCGUCCCUCAACGACCUCAACAUCCACGUAUUGAAACGAAUAUAUCCGGACCUCAAUACCGCGAUCGACGAUCCAGCAACGGCGCUCCGAAUCUGGGAUUCAAACGUCCAUGCUAAGACCGAUCCUCGCCAGUCCGUCGACAUCUUUGACUACCGUAUCGCACAAAACUCCUUAUCCGUCAAGGAAGGUCCUGACAUCCCAGACACCGACCCCUCCGGCCUCUCCACUUCCUCGCCGCACCUGGAUCCUGCCCAACACGGAGUUUCUGCUGGCCACGCUGCACCCACCCGCCAGGCCUUCGACCUCACCAAAAUCUCCACCGGCGACGGCUGCCCCCGCUGCUCGACGGGCACCCUGACCGUGCACAAAGCCAUCGAAGUCGGCCACACCUUCCACCUCGGCACUCGCUACUCUCAGCCUUUGAACGCCGUUGUCGCAGUGCCUCCAGAAGUCGACGCUGCCGGGCAGGUAGCAAUGCAGAUGGGCUGCCACGGCAUUGGACUCAGCCGCAUGAUCGGCGCCGUCGCGGCUGCGUUGGCGGACAGCAAGGGACUGAAUUGGCCUAAGGUGAUUGCACCGUUUGAGGUUGCUGUAUUGCCCGGGAAGGGGAAUGAGGGGGAUGCGGUGGGGGUGUAUGAGGAGCUGAGGGGGAGGGGGCUCGAGGCAUCGGUUGAGGUGGGUCAGGAGGCGCGGUUGAGGCAUGCGGCUGCUGUGGGGAAGGAGGAGGUGGUGCUUGAUGAUAGGGAUAGGCCGCUUGGAUGGAAGAUGAAGGAUGCGGACUUGGUAGGAUAUCCUGUCAUUGUGGUGCUGGGGCGGAGAUGGAAAGGGGAGAGCGUGGUGGAAGUGCAAUGUCGAAGGCUGGGAAUCAAGAAGGACGUGAAAGUCGAAGCCUUGAACGGGGUUGUUGGAGAGUUGUUGGCUCAGCUGUAA